GAAGACGUCUCCACACGGAGAUGGAGGUCCCAAGGAGGGAAGACUCGGUUGUUCUGGAGCCCAGGAAGCUAAAGGGCUGAGAGGGAGACGCAGAGCGAGUUUCCCCGACCCUUUCCCAUCCCAGACUUGGGGGCCUCUGGACCGCCACGGCUCCCCCGGGAGAAGAAAGGGCCGUGGGAAAGUAGUCUGUGCUUCUCUCCCGGGAGCUGGGGCCUGUGGCGAUUAGAUCGAGCGUCCGAGGGACUGUCGUCGCGCUCCUCGGCCUCGCGGGUAGCUUGUUUGCCCGGCCUGCUGGGAGCGAUCUGGCGCUGACAGCCCAGCUCUGACUCCGUGAACCGCUUUUGAGUUUCGGAAGAAAACCGAGUGGGUAUCACCGUUCGUCACACACACGCCCCCGGAGGCUGGAUCUGGGCAGCUGCCUAGCUUCUUGAGUUCAUAUUUCCCAACCAAGAAAACUUGAAAAUGAGUAGCCGGCGGAAACGUGCUCUUCCAGUGAGAGUCGAUGAGGAAAAGCAACAGCAGCUUCAUUGGAAUAUGCAUGAAGACAGAAGAAACGAACCUCUCACCCUAACUGACGAUGAGCACCCCUCCGCGGGUUCAGUUUUCUCUUCUGCUCACCGUAUCAUCCUAGAUGAUAGUCUAAAGGAAGAAGUGGCUCACAAAGAUAAGAAGAGGUGUUCCGAGGCAGUGAGCAUCUCAAAAUCAAUCGAUAAAGAAGAGACUGGUGGCAUUUUGUCCCCUUUCUCUGUAAAGCUGAAUAUCGUGAUUUCUCCCUAUCACUUCGAUAAUUCUUGGAAGGCAUUUCUGGGCGAAUUAACCCUUCAGCUUCUUCCCGAACAGAGUUUAAUUGAACAUUUUUCUGAAAGGAGUUUUACAUUGAUGAGUUCAGAGUCAAGCAGUCAUUUCCUGAUCUAUGUUAAUUCAGAAUGUGAAGAUGUAGAGAAACAAGAAAAAGGACUCAAUGAGCCGAUUAGUAUUUGUGAAAAGGGUAUUCGAGUGGAAUCAUCUUUCAGUGGUGAAAUGUUAGAAGAUUUGGGGUGGCUACAAAAGAAGAGAAGAAUAAAACUUUACCAAAAACCAGAAGGAAAUCACAUGAUCAAGGUUGGAAUUUAUCUUUUGGAAGGUGGCCUAGCAAAACUUGACUUUUUGAGUGAUGCAAAUUCAAGAAUGAAGAAGUUCAAUCAACUCAUGAAAAGAGUGAUGGAAAAGUUAUACAAUUUUGUUAUUCCAGAUGUGUUGGAAGAGGAUGAGGAAGAUUCAGAGAGUGAGCCAGAGGGACAGGACAUUGAUGAGCUCUACCAGUUUGUGAAGCAAACACACCAGCAAGAAACACAGUCCAUCCAAGUCGAUGUCCAGCAUCCUGCAUUGAUUCCUGUGUUGAGACCGUACCAGAGAGAGGCUGUCAAUUGGAUGCUACAACAAGAGCAUUUCAGAAGCACUCCUACUAGUGAAAAUGCCCUGCACUUCUUAUGGCGUGAGAUUGUUACAUCUGAGGGUUUGAAACUCUACUACAAUCCGUAUACAGGCUGCAUCAUCCGUGAUUACCCAAAUGCUGGGCCACAGUUGCUUGGUGGAAUCUUAGCAGAUGAGAUGGGUCUCGGAAAGACAGUGGAGGUUUUGGCUCUGAUUCUGACACAUACUCGGCAAGAUGUCAAACAAGAUGCUCUCACUCUUCCUGAGGGAAAAGUGGUGAAUUAUUUCAUUCCAUCACAUUAUUCUGGAGGAAAAGUAAAAAACACAGAAACCCAGAAUAUGGAAUUUGAACCAAAAGAAAAAGUUCAGUGCCCCCCUACACGUGUGAUGAUCCUGACAGCUGUGAAAGAAAUGAAUGGAAAAAAAGGAGUGUCCAUCCUUUCCAUCUAUAAGUAUGUCAGUUCUAUAUAUAGAUACGAUGUUCAGCGGAACAGGAGUCUUCUGAAACGGAUGCUGAAAUGUUUAAUUUUUGAAGGUCUUGUGAAACAGAUCAAAGGCCAUGGUUUUUCUGGAACUUUUACACUGGGGAAGAAUUACAAGGAAGAGGAUAUAUAUGAUAAAACAAAAAAGCAGGCAGUAGGGAGUCCAAGGAAAAUUCAGAAAGAAUCCAGAAAAUCAGGGAGCAAAGACACAGAUUCUGAAUACUUGCCCUCAAACACAUCUGAUGAUGAUGAUGAUGAUCCUUACUAUUAUUACUAUAAGGCUCGGAAAAAUCGGAGUAAAUUCAGGAAAAAGCCUGUUCCAUCCACGAAAAAGGGAAAAGGUCAGCCUAACAUCAAUCUUAAUUCACAAGAUCACUGUCCAGCUACCAGUGACUCUGGAAUUACUGAUGUUACCACAUCUAAAAGUACAUGUAUCUUUGAAGGAAAGCAAGAACAUGCAGCAGAGGACCAAGCUGAAUCUCUAAACUCUGCUGAUGGUGAUGUGCCUCAGUCUACGGUCAUGAGUCCCUGUAAUUCCUCUGAUUAUCGCUUUGAGUGCAUAUGUGGUGAACUUGACCAGGUAGACCGUAAACCUCGUGUUCAGUGCCUGAAAUGCCACCUGUGGCAACAUGCAAAAUGUGUGAAUUAUGAAGAGAAGAAUCUGAAGAUUAAACCUUUUUACUGCCCCCACUGCCUUGUUGCGAUGGAGCCAGUAUCAACCAGAGCAACUCUGAUCAUCUCGCCCAGUUCCAUCUGUCAUCAGUGGGUGGAUGAAAUCAACAGGCAUGUGAGGUCGUCAUCUCUUCGAGUCCUGGUAUACCAAGGAGUGAAGAAAGAUGGUUUUUUACAACCUCAUUUUUUGGCUGAACAGGAUAUAGUUAUCAUUACCUACGAUGUCCUUCGUUCAGAACUAAACUAUGUAGAUAUCCCACACAGCAAUAGUGAGGAUGGGCGUCGCUUACGGAACCAGAAGCGCUAUAUGGCCAUUCCCAGCCCCCUAGUAGCUGUGGAGUGGUGGAGGAUCUGCCUUGAUGAAGCCCAGAUGGUUGAAUGUCCUGCUGUAAAGGCUGCAGAAAUGGCUCAGCGCUUGAGUGGGAUUAAUCGCUGGUGCAUCAGUGGUACUCCAGUGCAGAGAGGACUGGAGGAUCUUUUUGGGUUGGUGGUCUUUCUUGGUAUUGAACCUUACUGUGUCAAACACUGGUGGGUUCGACUUCUUUAUCGCCCUUACUGCAAGAAGAAUCCUCAGCUCCUCUACAGCUUUAUUGCCAAGAUACUAUGGAGGUCUGCAAAGAAAGAUGUGAUUGACCAAAUCCAGAUACCCCCUCAGACAGAAGAAAUCCACUGGCUUCACUUUUCUCCAGUGGAAAGACAUUUCUAUCACCGUCAGCAUGAAGUGUGCUGCCAGGAUGCUGUAGUAAAACUCAGGAAGAUUUCUGACUGGGCGCUGAAGCUCAGCAGCCUGGACAGAAGGACUGUUACCUCCAUCCUGUAUCCAUUGCUGAGGCUCAGGCAGGCCUGCUGCCACCCACAGGCCGUUCGUGGGGAAUUCUUGCCACUCCAGAAAAGGUUUUAUUAUCAGUUUCCUUAUAUUGCAAUUGAUAAUAUAGUAGUGAUAGUGUUUAAGCUGUUAGCCCACAGUUUCAUUCAGGGUGUUAAAACAGAGUUGUCAGUUAUUUUUAGUAACGUGGUUUUUCUUUGUUCUUCAGGUGAGUAUGCCUUGGCAGCAGAGCUGUACAGGGAAGUGUUGCGUUCAUCUGAGGAACACAAAGGGAAACUCAAAACGGAUUCACUCCAAAGACUUCAUGCUACCCAUAACUUGAUGGAAUUGUUGGUAGCCAAGCACCCAGGAAUACCUCCUACCUUACGAGAUGGCAGACUUGAGGAAGAGGCCAAACAACUGCGAGAGCAUUAUAUGAGCAAGUGUAACACAGAAGUCGCUGAAGCACAGCAAGCUUUGCAGCCUGUGCAGCAGACCAUACGGGAGCUCCAGAGAAAGUUUUUUGAACAGUCUCAAGAUAAAACAUCAGGAGGCAUUAAUCCAGAACCUUGUCCAAUCUGUGCUCGGCAGCUGGGAAAACAGUGGGCAGUACUGACCUGUGGACACUGUUUCUGUAACGAGUGCAUUUCAAUUAUUAUUGAGCAGUACAGUGUGGGAUCUCAUAGAAGCUCCAUUAAGUGUGCCAUCUGCCGCCAGACCACAUCUCACAAAGAGAUCUCGUAUGUCUUCACCUCAGAGAAAGCCAGCCAGGAAGAAGACAUUCCUGUGAAGGGCAGCCAUUCUACAAAAGUGGAAGCUGUGGUCAGAACUCUGAUGAGAAUCCACCUUAGAGACCCAGGCGCUAAAGCACUCGUCUUCUCAACGUGGCAAGAUGUAUUAGAUAUUAUUUCAAAAGCCCUCACUGACAACAACAUGGAAUUUGCUCAGAUCAGUCGUGUUAAGACAUUUCAGGAGAACCUUUCAGCAUUUAAACAUGAUCCUCAAAUCAAUAUUCUGCUGCUGCCCCUGCACACUGGUUCUAAUGGAUUAACUAUCAUUGAAGCAACUCAUGUUCUCUUGGUGGAGCCCAUAUUGAACCCUGCCCAUGAGCUUCAGGCCAUUGGAAGGGUGCACCGAAUUGGACAAACAAAGUAAGGACUAAAAUUAGCAUCAGUUACAUUUGCUUCAAGUUUCUAAGAUACAAGUCGGUAUUUAAACUCUUCAUUUAUGUUCAUUAUAACCUAUU